UUGCGGAGCCGGAAACUGAAAGUCGGCGGGAGGGGGGCCGGAAAAGUUCGCGACGUCGGCAGCGGUGCGUGGCUACGCGGCCCUAGGCGGGAUGGCUCUGGGUCUCGGCACUAUGGUCCAUUCUCCGGAUCUCGGUCCGGGGUCCCGGCUGUGGGACCCACGAGCCCCACUUGUGCCUUGCUGGCUCGAGGGUGGAUGCUGUUGUGCGAACACCUGGGCUCCCGGGCCACUUUUACCGCCCACCUCCCCACCAAAGGCUUCGGCUUUUGGACCUGUGGGGUCAAAUUAGGUCUGACACUCCCAGGACUCAGGCGUCGCCUUUUCGGACCCUUGACACUCGACUCCACAACCCACGACUCUCUCCUCCCCCUAGACCCCUUCCUUGUUGGUGGCUUAGUGGGGGUUGGACCUGGUGGGUACUCUUCAUGAUGGACACGAAGCCCCAAGUAGGUAGUGAGGACAUGAGAUUGAUUAGAACCCAAAGGCGUACUCCCUGCUGGCUCUAAAGUCGAAGAAGCACAGAGUUGGGGGACUCAGGAAACUUUCGGCCCCUUGGACACAGUGCAAGGUCGUCUUGCGUGCAGCUCAUUAGCUGGAAGUCCUCUGUUCCUGGCUACCAGUCGCCCAGAGAGGUCACACUUGGCCUUGCCAGAGUGCUCCAUGCUUGUGUGACUGGCUGAGAAAGGGCUUUGUGGCGUGUGGGUUAUAACUCACAUGGCUGCAGCCAGUGUGACUCCCCCUGGCUCCCUAGACCUGCUGCAGCCUGGCUUCUCCAAGACCCUCCUGGGGACCAAGUUAGAAGCCAAGUACCUGUGCUCAGCCUGCAGAAACAUCUUGCGGAGGCCCUUCCAGGCCCAGUGUGGUCACCGCUACUGUUCCUUCUGCCUGACCAGCAUCCUCAGCUCUGGGCCUCAGAAUUGUGCUGCCUGUGUCCAUGAAGGCCUAUAUGAAGAAGGCAUUUCUAUUUUAGAGAGUAGCUCGGCCUUUCCAGAUAAUGCUGCCCGCAGGGAGGUGGAGAGCCUACCAGCUGUCUGUCCCAACGAUGGAUGCACCUGGAAAGGAACCUUGAAGGAAUAUGAGAGCUGCCACGAAGGACUAUGCCCAUUCCUGCUCACCGAGUGUCCUGCAUGUAAAGUCCUGGUCCGCCUCAGCGAGAAGGAGCACCACACUGAGCAGGAAUGCCCCAAAAGGAGCCUGAGCUGCCAGCACUGCAGGGCACCCUGUAGCCAUGCAGACCUGGAGGUACACUACGAGGUCUGCCCUAAGUUUCCCUUAACCUGUGAAGGCUGUGGCAAGAAGAAGAUCUCUCGGGAAAAGUUUCAGGACCAUGUUAGAUCCUGCACCAAGUGUCGGGUUCCCUGCAGAUUCCACACCAUCGGCUGUCCUGAGAUGGUGGAGACGGAGGAGCUUCAGGAGCAUGAGGUGCAGAGGCUACGGGAACACCUGGCCCUGUUGCUGAGCUCCUUCCUGGAGUCCCCAGCCUCACAGGCAAGCCAGAACCAGGCGGGGCCGGAGCUGCUGCAGCGCUGCCACACUUUGGAGCAGAAGACGGCCACCUUCGAGAACAUUGUCUGCGUCCUGAACCGGGAGGUAGAGCGGGUGGCAGUGACUGCAGAGGCUUGUAGCCGGCAGCAUCGGCUAGACCAGGACAAGAUUGAGGCCCUGAGUAACAAGGUGCAGCAACUAGAGAGGAGCAUUGGCCUCAAGGACCUUGCCAUGGCCGACCUGGAGCAGAAGGUCUCAGAGUUGGAAGCAUCCACCUAUGAUGGAGUCUUCAUCUGGAAGAUCUCAGACUUUGCCAGGAAGCGUCAGGAAGCUGUAGCUGGCCGUACACCUGCUAUCUUCUCCCCAGCCUUCUACACAAGCAGAUACGGCUACAAGAUGUGUCUGCGAGUCUACUUGAAUGGCGAUGGCACUGGGCGGGGAACUCAUCUGUCUCUUUUCUUCGUGGUGAUGAAAGGUCCCAAUGAUGCCCUCUUGCGGUGGCCUUUCAAUCAGAAGGUAACAUUGAUGUUGCUGGACCAGAACAACCGGGAGCAUGUAAUCGACGCAUUCAGGCCUGAUGUGACCUCAUCCUCCUUCCAGAGGCCUGUCAGUGACAUGAAUAUUGCCAGUGGCUGCCCCCUUUUCUGCCCUGUGUCCAAGAUGGAGGCCAAGAAUUCCUAUGUGCGGGAUGAUGCUAUCUUCAUCAAAGCUAUUGUGGACCUAACAGGACUCUAGCCACCUGUACUAGGAAUAGCAGCUCAGUGAGGAGCUGCCACACUGGGCCAGGGCCCUGCCACACAAGGGUGGGCAGGCUUGGUGCAAGCGCUGGGAAGGGCCUCAGCCUAAAGCCAGUCACCAUUACACGGACAGGCAGGAAGGAGCCUCCAGUUGGUCCUCAACUGGUAGACUGAGUGGGGGGUCCAUUCAGCUCAGGGUCCUUGUGGGACCAGCUGGGGUCUUCUCAGCUUUCCAGUAGAAAAGUUCUUGCUGUCUUUUCUGUCUGGGGAAGGGAGAGGCCCUUGGGUGGGGUACUCAGAAAAAGCCUGGAGAGAGAGAGAGUUUCAGAGCUACACCAGCAGCAAGAGUGUGGUGGUUGAACUUACCCACUCUGGCUUGUGGCAAGGAGGUAGGGGCUGCACAUGAGAAGGGCAUCCACCUGCAGAGCCCAGCCCAGGAGAGAAGCACUCUGAGACAUAGGCACACACUGGAAAAGGCCUGCCUGGGCUGCACAGCCCUGCCAGGUGGCCUGUAUUGAGGAGAAGUGAUUAAACUGUUCAGAUGUCUAUGACAAGUGGUGUUCAUCUGGCUCCAGGAUGCCUGCUGUGUCCAGCCUAGGUAGAAAUGGCCCUCUGGGGCCUCUGCUUUCCUCUUCACAUUGACUCUCUGUUCCUUAUACCCUUCAAGCCCAGGGCUCCAUGUGAGCACUCCAUCAUGGGUCUGCCUGUGUAGAAGUGAAGGACUGACCCUUGCCUGGCUCAUGUGCAAGGGUUUUUCCUCAGGGUUCUGGCCUAGUUCGCUUUUUGGACUGAGGUUGGAAUGGAGGCACCAUGGUCUAGGUACUGGGCAUGUCUAUUAGUCAGAAGGCAUAUCCAAUCUCCCUCAGUCCGUUUUCAAGUCACCAUAAUAGGAAAUGGGGAGAGCACCAGGGUGGACACAUCCUUGCCCAUCUCAGUGAGCUUGCUGUGAUUGAGGAAACAUUGCUGUCUAGACCUAUUCAUGUUCCUGCUCUGUCUGAAUUUUCACUCUGUAUGUGUUGCUUUUAAAGUAUACAGAAACAGCAUGGGAUGGCAUCAUGGCGGAGAACUGGCUUCACCUGACUGCCCUGUGGCUUUCUGGUGGAGGACAGACACAUCUUGUUUUUUUCUCCUGAGUUUGUGCCUUGAGUUCUUAAGCUGGAACAGGGUCUAGGCCUGCCUGUCACCUGUGGCCCCAGGAGAGCUGGUGUUACAUGGUUGUCCCUUAGGUAUUUGUACUUGCUCUGCAGAGAACUACAUCAAGGGCCUUACAGCCUGUGGGCAGCGGCCUCUUCCUGCAGCAUUUCAUGUGGGCUGUGUGUGACCUGUGUGCCUUGUAGUAACUUACUUACACUUCUCUGAGGACUGGACUUCUACCAGAUUUAUUGCUCUGGAAUUUCUCCAUAGGAACUGCCCAUUUCUGUCCAUUUUUCUACUUACUUUCUUCCUGCUUGGUAAAAGUUUCUGGUCUUUCUAACAUUGAUCCUUGAUUGUGUUUGAACUUUUUUUCUUUCAAGACAAGAUUUCUCUGUCUAACUACUCUGGCUGUUCUGGAACUCGAUUGAUAAACGAGACAGGCCUUGAACUCACAGUGAUCUACCUGCCCCUGCCUCCCGAUAUCUGAACCUUUUUGAUGUAGAAAAAUUCAAAGCUGAGAUAUGAUCAGUUAAAUAAUGUUUUAAAGUUCUAACAG